AGCCUCCCUGCAGCCUCAGAGGCUCUCGGGCAUCCCAUCCCAUCCCAUCCCGUGUGUGCGGCCGGUGACGAGGCGGGGAGGGACGAGGCGGGGCCGGGCCGGCUCCGGUGCUUAUAGCGGCUCCGAGCGACGGACGGACAGACGGACAGCGGCACCAUGGCCAUCCCCUGCGUGGAGCUCAGCAACAAGAUGAAGAUCCCCGCCCUGGGGCUGGGCACCUGGCAGGCUCCUCCGGGAAAGGUGGAAGAGGUGGUGAAGUUUGCCAUCGAUGCCGGCUACCGCCACUUCGACUGCGCCUACUUCUACCAGAACGAGAAUGAAAUCGGGAACGCGGUGCAGCAGAAGAUCAAGGAGGGAGCUGUGAAACGGGGAGACCUCUUCAUUGUCACUAAGCUGUGGAACACCUUCCAUGAGAAGUCCCUGGUGAAGGUAGGGUUCCAGAAGAGCCUUGCUGCCCUCCAGCUGGACUACCUGGACCUCUACCUGAUGCACUUCCCCAUGGGAUUCAAGGCUGGUGAAGAGCUGCAUCCCCUGGAUGACAAGGGGCACAGUGUUCCCAGUGACACAGAUUUCCUGGACACCUGGGAGGCCAUGGAGGAGCUGGUGGAUGCCGGCCUGGUAAAAGCCAUUGGAGUCUCCAACUUCAACCAUGAGCAGAUUGAAAGAAUCUUGAACAAACCAGGACUGAAACACAAGCCUGUAAUGAACCAGGUGGAAUGCCACCCAUACCUGACCCAGGAGAAGCUGGUCAAGUACUGUAAAUCCAAAGGGAUUGCUGUGACAGCCUACAGCCCCCUGGGCUCUCCUAACCGCCCGUGGGCUAAACCAGGGGAGCCCACACUUAUGGAUGACCCCAAGAUUAAAGACAUUGCAGCCAGACAUCACAAAAGCCCCGCCCAGGUGCUGAUCCGCUUUCUGGUGCAAAGAGACAUCAUUGUCAUUCCCAAGUCUGACAAACCUCACCGUGUUGAGGAGAACAUGAAGGUAUUUGAUUUUGAACUGUCCAAAAAGGAGAUGGAUGUCAUCCUCAGCUUUAACAGGAACUGGAGGGCAGUUCCAGUGACCCAAGCUGUCAACCACAAGGACUACCCAUUCAAAGCAGAGUAUUAAAUGCAGGUGGUUCCUGCAGGACCUCCAUUUACCUCCUUCCAGAUUAGAUGUGCUCUGCAGCUUCAUCUUAAUUUCUUCUUUUGUACCUGAUAAUUGUUGUGAGCAGUUAUUUUUUCCUCCUUUUUUUUAAGGAGGAGACCACUAACUGAUAUAAGAAUGCAGCAAUAAGGGUGGGGUUUUUGUAAAGAUGCUUAACUUGAUUAGUAGUAAAAAGACAAUGCCUUUUCCUUUUCCUUCCUUUUUAUCUGGGUAAUUAGAGACAUACUUAACAAAAAACCAGAGACUUACAUGAACUUUUUAUAUGCUACUUCCAGUGUAGUCAGUCAUACUGGCUCAUGAGUCACUGCCAAAGAAUGCUCUAAUUACAUUGCUUUUUUAAUAUAUUUGUGAUUUUCAUAGAGUAUUUCUAAUGCUUUAAAUUUUUAUAUGAAUAAAGUUU